GUUCAGUAUUACUGGUACCAGCUUCACUUGAAACUUGCAAUGAACAGUCUUGACGGCAUCCUUGGGUGAAACGAUGGUCGUGCAUUUAUUCGGGUCAUGUCGAGGGAGGCUUCCAAGUGCAGGUGCAGGUUUGCGUGUUCUCAUGCAUUCCCGACUCGCAUCUACUAUGUCCCAGUACCCAUUCCCGCGUCACCCACGACCAACUCCGCACCAAAUAUUCCACCUCUCCCACAACGCAUCUCAAGCUGAUAUCAAGUCAAGAUACUAUGAACUCGUCCGAGAACACCAUCCCGAUUCUGCCCAUGCGCAACAUAUUCCUGCUUCAGAACGACACUCCCGCUUUCAAUCCAUAACUGCCGCGUAUGAGGCUCUUACUGGGAAAUCUCGCUUACAGCUUGGUUCGGGGCUCCGCAGCAGUCCGUCCGAUUCUUACAUGUAUGAAGAGUUGGGACGGCGGAGACGCGCGCACCAUAGGAGUGCGGGGAUGGACUUUGACCGCGAUCAUCCAUUUGGCUUCGCGAGUGGAACACCUGGGAGGGAAUGGACUGCGAGGCCCGAUGAGAGAUGGAAGGACUGGUCAAUAAUAUUCGUGGGCACUGCGUGCUUCAUCAUGGGCAUCGCUCCUAUAUUUUUCAGUCAUAGUUCCGAUAAGCGCCACACGAGUGCAGUCCAACACCUUGCCCAAGCUCGCAGUGAAGCUCAGGAGUACGGGAUGGAGCGGCGAAGGGAAAUUAGACGGCGCGAGGAGCGCGAUGCGCGUUGUAGCUGUGACCGCAAGACUGAGAGAAAGUAAUCAAGUCACUACCGUUGCUACCGCGAGCAUUGAACAUAGACGGAGUCCGACUGUAUUUCUACUUCUAUUCUUCAUUAUCAUCCACAUCAAUAUAUGGCAGG